GAACAGCCAAGUGGGAGGGCCAGAGAAGGAGCUCGUUGGAGCUGGAGGGUGUGUGAGGCAAGCUGCAGAGCAAGAAAAGCUGGGAGACUCCAUUAGGGGAAGGUUGAGGGAGGAGAGUGAAGUGGGCAGAAAAGGCAGGGAGCUGUGUCUGUUGGAGAGAGAUUAAAACAGCAGCAGGAGAGUCUUGCUUCCUCAAAACGGUGGUGUUGUGUGGAUCCGGAAAAAGACAAAGGUCUCCAGAGGAUACGGGCCAAAAUGACUAAACUUAAUGAAAUAGUAGACAUGGACGUGCUGAGGGCCUACACUUUUCAUGCGGUCAUUGUCAUCAUAAAAAUGAUGCUGUUGAGCCCUCUAACAGGAUACUUAAGAGUGAAGAAACAGGCAUUCGCCAACCCUGAAGAUGCGGCUGCAUUGGGUAAAGGAGAGGCUGGAAAAAAGGCUCUCAGGACUGAUCCGGAUGUGGAGCGCGUGCGAAGACUCCAUCUCAAUGACCUUGAGAACAUCAUUCCAUACCUCUUCAUUGCAUUCUUCUAUUCUUUCACGGGCGUUUCUGAAACCACAGCCUUGCUUCACUACAGACUUUUUACUGCGGCUCGACUCUUCCACACCAUUGCCUACCUGGCGCCCCUUCCGCAGCCCUGCAGGGGUCUGGGUUUUGGGGUCGGCUUGUUUGUGACCUUUUCAAUGAUAUUCCAGCUUCUGUGGAACGGCCUGAAUCUAUUAUAGAAAAGAAGCCUGCCCUUGUUACCACCAUAAUGGCCAUUCUACGGUAGUUUUCAGAUUUUUGCCUUUGGGGCAUCUUUUCCACACCUUCUGCCUAGGGACAAGCCCCCCCCCCCCGGCCAUCGCAACCUGCAUGCUACAGAACUCCCCAAUGCAUGACAGAGCAUCCCAGGGCAUAUUCUAGGGCAGGGUUGGGGAACUUGUGAUCCACCUGACAUUGUUGGACCACAAUUCCCAUCAUCCGUGACCACUGUCCUGUCCUGGUGGGGACUCAUGGGAGUUUGAGUCUACUGGAGGACAGGAGGUUAUCCCCCCCUCCCCCUUGCUCAGUUAAUGUGAGAACAAAACCAUACACUUUCCUGCAGAUGCACAUUACAGAGGAAGAUUCAUAAGUCUUCCAGGGAAAUGUCCUUGCUCUCCUGGUUUACAUGGAGAAGGUCUGAUGUUCAAUCCCUGGUAUAUCCAGUACAAAGGAUAAAAGCAGAAAACAGUUAAUGGGGAAAUAUCUUUGCCUGAAACCCUACACAUUUAAAAGGCUGUAGAAUAUUAGAGGAACGUUUUCGCCUGGUGCCCAUGUAAUGAAGACACCAGGCGAGCCUCCCUGGGGAGAGCAUUCCACUAAUGGGGAGCCACUGCAGAAAAGGCCCUUUCUUGUUUGCCACCAUCUGGGCCUCUUAUGGAGGAGGCACACUGAGAAGGGCCAAAGAUGAUGAUCUCAGGGCUUGGGUCAGUUCAUAUUAGGCGAUGUGGUCCCCCAUGUACAUUGUCUAGCAGUGGCUGUCCAUGGUCUUGCAGGAGUCUUUUCUAGCUAGUUGGAGAUGUCAGGGAUUGAACCCAAGACUUUCUGCAUGCAGGCAGGUACUCUACCACUGAACCACACACCCCUCUCUAACAAUGUUCAGACCAUUGCCUUGUCAGCUGUACAAUCAUUGCUUUAGUUCACCAAUUUUUAUGUGUAUGGGGUCAUAAGGUAGGUGAGCUCACAUGUAAAUGUAAAAACCUGCAUUUACUUUGGAAUAUCAGAAGCUAGGAACUGAAAGUAAGAAUAGCUUGCAUUGUUAUGUCCUGCUUCUGAAUGUCUAGAUGACUUUGGUUGGCCAAUGUUGGAACAGAAACAGGGGGUGGAUGGAUACUUGGUCUGGUCCAGCAAGACCAUAUUUAAGUUUGUUCACACAGCUGAGUUGUCCCAGUCAUGGGCAUACUUUUGUGGUGGUCUUGUUCCUCCAGCUCCAGAUUCCCCAGAAAUUAAUUCAGUGUACGUUUUGAACUACAUCUCCCAUCAGCAAGUGUAGCCAACGGUCAAGGGUGAUGGGAGCUGUCGCCCAAAGCAUUUAGAGGACACCAGGCAUGGUGAAGAGGGGAAGAUAUAGGCACUACCAGGAGCCAACGGCCACACUGUAAGUCCUCCAUGAAUCGUAGGACAGCUCACCAUGAUAGUAUGAAGGCCCUGCUCAGGUCUGCUACAAAAUAAUGACAGAAUAUUUAUGUUUUCCUACUUGCAAAUCAUUUUAUGUUUUCAGUUGUCCACACUUCUGCUUGUCCCAUACUUUCUUGGCAUGGUUGCGAGAGGUUUUUUGUUUGCCCUGCUUCUUUCCCCGGGAAAACCCACUGUUUACCACUGCAAACCAAUUGAUAUUUGCUCUGGUUCAGCAGUAAACAGAGAGUUUCUCCUGGGGGGAAGCAGCAGGUCAAGUAGGACUGUGGAUGAGCCUUAAAUGCAGUGCCUCUGCAACAAAUGUACAAAUGUGAAGCAUGAUAUGUAAAAUUAGAUGUAGCAACAGAGGAGAAACAAUUUGGCACUUGUUACACACAGUAACAGGUCUUGAGAUUUGGUAGCAACAAUGGAUCUGGAUACCAGUUGCUGGAAACCACAGGGGAAAGGCUCUUGUGUUCAGAUCCUGCUUCCAGGUUUCCCACAAGCAUUUGGUUGGCUUCUAUGAGAACAGGAGGCUGCCCUGAAUGGGCCAUUGGCCUGAUCCAGCAGGUUCUUCUUAUGUUCUUUGCUUGCGGAUCUUAGUGGGCAAACAGGGUUCCCGAUGGAUACAACACAUGCCCUCCACCCCAUGCUCCACAUCACUCCUUCGCUACAACCAUCUAGCAGAGCUCAAGCCCACGUUUGUCGAGCGCAUUAUGCCCAAGCUGAUGAAUGCACAUCAAACCCAUUUUAUAAGUUCCAUCUGUGUAGAUCUAUGCCUUGAGGUCAUCACAAAAGCUUGCCCUAGUAGUUAUAAAUUGGUAAAAAGAAUUUGCCUGUUCAGCUGCCCAUUUUGAGAGGUUUGACUCCAGUCAUCAUUCCUUGAACACCAGUCAGCAUUCUGGGCAAUGUUGUCAACAUAAUAUAAGCUGCAAGGUUGCUGCAUUCUAUAGGGUGUUUUUUUGUUUUGUUACAGUAUAUGGUAGCUGAUUCCGGGUACUGUGAACAACCUUUUUUAUGCCCGCAGAUAAUCUUUCUCCUCCUUUCUCUUUCGCACACUGUCUCAACCUCAGAAUGAUUGGAAUGACUUGUACAAGCUUUAGGAUUUGUUAAUGUGUAACAACUCUAUUGACGGCAUGUACGUAUGGUAAUUUUCUACAGAUGCUAUUUUGGGAUGUAUCUUUUUGAAGCAUAAAUAAUAAAGACAACAGCAAAAAAAAAGGGGGGGAAAGUCUUUGCAUUUGGGGGGCUAUUUUCGUUCUCUUGGCUUCUGUAACUGCAGUCAGCAAAUAGGAUGUCACAAAGAAUAAGAGAUUCAAAUCAGGGAGUUCUUUGAAGAUUAUUUACCUUAAUAAUAAGAUAUUGCAAAGCAACGCCAAGCCUUGUUGUAAAGGAGACUUUGAUGCAAAUAGGUGUUUGUAACCAAGCGCUGAAAUAAACACAGGGAGCAGAUUUUCUUAGCCUACCAUAUCCCUUAAGAGAAAAGAAUGUUCUGAGUGUCUUCUACCUGAGUUUCAGCCAUAAAGUUUUUGAAGCAAUUUCUUUGCCUAUAAAAAUAGAGCAGGUAUUAUGAGACCCUUCAUUAUGCAAAUCCAAUUGCUGACCAGACUUGAUGUGUGUCCAACAGCUAUUCCAGACAUUAUUGCACAUAAAUGUUACACCGUAUUCUUCCAGUUGUGCAGGUAGCUGCUCAUUGACGAAGCAUACAAGGGCAAGCCAACUGAACUUCAGAAUUAUUAUGAAUAAAUACCGUAUUUUACAGUCUAUAAGACACCCCAUGUAUAAGACGCCCUCUAUUUUUGGGGACUCCAAUUUAAGAAAAUGGGGGGAGAUGGCCUCUGUGUAUAAAAUGCCCCCACAUUUUUGGCAUUAUUUUAAAGGAAAAAAACAUAUACACGGUAAAUUUAUUAACCCACCUUCACCAGUAGGUCCCAGGGUGGGUUGCAACAAUUUAAAAUUUGGAAUUAAAAAUGGUUAAAACAGAGUAAUUCUGAGGGAGGUGGUUGACCUUAACGCUUGGGGAGGUCUGUAGGGAAGAAGGGGAUCUUUCCAGAACAGGGUCAUUUGUUUGCAGACUCUUCCUGGGACGGGGAAACUGGUCUGCAGAUUGCAAGAUCAGAAGGGAGAACUUACUUAAGUUACACAACCCUCCAGUGGAAUCAUCUCAGACCUGGGGAGGCCAAGAAACAGAAACAGCAGGCCAUGUAUUCCCCUUGGACAGAUACAGUUGCAGUGAAUGAUUGAGUAGGCUUCAACUUUUUUUUUACACCACCUUUCACCUAUGCUGCAUUAUUUUUAACACUCGAUUGGGAGCCACCCAGAGUGG